AAGAGGAGGAAGAGGACUUCUGCUUACCUGUCAGUUGUAGAGCUACUAAAUUCAUGUGAAUUGGCUAUUUGUUGGUGAGACCCCUGCCCUGACAGGAGGGAGAAUCUUGAGCUGUUUAUAGUAUUUGUUGAAGCAUGGACAGCAAGGGGAGGAAAGUGGUGGUCUGUGACAAUGGGACGGGGUUUGUCAAGUGUGGCUUCGCUGGGUCCAACUUCCCCGACCACAUCUUCCCCGCCAUGGUGGGUCGACCGAUCAUACGAUCGACCACCAAAGUGGGCAACAUAGAGAUAAAGGACCUGAUGGUGGGUGAGGAGGCCAGCGAGUGUCGCUCCAUGCUGGAGGUGGCCUACCCCAUGGAGAACGGCAUGGUGCGCUGUUGGGAGGACAUGCUGCACCUGUGGGACCACACCUUCGGUCCCGAUCGCCUGAACAUUAACCCAAAAGAAUGCAAGAUCUUGCUGACUGAGCCGCCCAUGAACCCCACCAAGAACCGGGAGAAGAUUGCGGAGGUCAUGUUUGAGAAGUACCAGUUCCAUGGCAUUUAUGUGGCCAUUCAGGCUGUGCUCACACUGUAUGCUCAGGGUCUGCUGACCGGUGUGGUCGUCGACUCGGGGGAUGGUGUCACCCACAUCUGUCCGGUGUACGAGGGCUUUUCUUUACCCCACCUCACACGCAGGUUGGAUAUCGCAGGACGUGACAUCACACGCUACCUCAUUAAGCUCCUGCUUCUCCGCGGUUACGCCUUCAACCACACGGCCGACUUUGAGACUGUGCGUAUGUUGAAGGAGAAGCUCUGCUACGUGGGAUACAACAUCGAGCAGGAGCAGCGCCUGGCCACAGAGACCACCUACCUGGUGGAGACAUUCACACUCCCCGACGGCCGGCAGGUGAGGGUGGGUGGAGAGAGGUUUGGGGCCCCUGAAGCUCUCUUCCAGCCUCAUCUCAUCAACGUGGAGGGAGCGGGAGUGGCCGAGCUGCUGUUUAACACCAUCCAGGCUGCAGACAUUGACCUCAGGGCAGACUUCUAUAAGCACAUUGUUCUGUCAGGAGGGACCACCAUGUACCCCGGCCUUCCAUCCAGACUAGAACGAGAGAUCAAGCAGCUCUACCUGGAGAGGGUGCUGGACGGAGACACUCAGAAACUCUCAAAGUUUAAGAUCCGCAUCGAGGACCCUCCCAGGCGCAAACACUUGGUGUUCCUCGGCGGAGCGGUGCUGGCCAACAUCAUGAAAGACAAGGACUCCUUCUGGCUGAGCAAGGCCGAGUACGACGAGAAAGGCCUGGGAGUGCUGCAGAAACUGGGAGGUGGAGUCAGAUAAAAGGAAAAACAACGUCACUCAAAUGUUUCAGUGUUCAUGUCAACUCCUCACCUCUCGUAGCCUGGCAUCAGAGUCAUUCAUUUCUGUAUUGCUAGGACAAUGAAUCAAAAAAAACAAAAAAAAAAACACAGUUUUUUGUUCCAGCUUCUCAAAUGUGAAGAUUUGCUGAUUUUUUCUGUUAAUAUUAAUGGGAUGUCUGCGGGUGUUGGACUCAUUUGGACAUAAUAUGCAAACUGAAAGUAUAUUUCUGUUUUUUUCUGACAUUUUGUUGACUAAACGGUUAUAUAAUUCAUUAAUUGUUGUCAAAGUAAAGUAAAAGGUGACCAGAAACAAAGAGAAUGUCAUGUCAAAA